AUGAUCUUAGGUGAAAUAAAAGCUCACUGGGGUCAAUACAAGCAGUCAUACGAUCAAAAGCGGCUACUUAAUUACUUUAGUCAAACAAAUACUGGCCAAAUGACUCUUUUUUGGCUUUACACUAACAGAUUAGGGAUCUCUGAACUACCCUUCUACCAAAAGGUAGUGUUAAGAUUUCUCCAAGACAUAUCUCCCAUACCCAGAAAAAAGAUGAACAUGGCAUUCAUCUAUCAGAAUUUUAUUUCGUCACUGUUCUCCUACAAAAUCUACCACCAUGUUUUAUAUUAUCAUAGACAGUUGUACCCGCUUGUAUGUUCAAAUGGUUCAAUUAUCAAUUGGCUCCCUAUAAUCCAGAUAGCUCUACUGAAUGCUUCGAAAGAAGAUGGCAAUAAAUCUUUGAAAGUUUUGAUGGAGUUACACAAAGAGCUUGAUUUAAAAAGAGAUUCGUUCUAUGAAUUCAUCAUACCAUAUCUUUCAAAGCUUCCAAUCAACUCUAAGUCUCUUUUCCAAUGGAAUAAAGCAUUAGUUAAAAAUGGAGACCUUCCAUCCAAGUCGUCCCCACAUUUCACUAAAGUUCUUUCCCUGUUGUACAAGCAUAAAAAUAUUCAAGCGGUGGAGAAACUAAUGUCUGUCAUGGCAAACGCCAACGUGUCUCGUUUGGUUUCCAAUCGGUGGAUGGACACUCAAACUUUUGUCAUGUUCAUCAAAUGCAUUAAUUUGACCCAUGAACCUCAAAAAACUUUGGAUAAAUUCCUUAACAUUUUAAAAACGGACCCAAAUUUGAAAUCUGCGAAUCGCUGGAUCCUGUUAAUGAAAUAUACUGACAAAGAGAAGAUCAGUUUUGAUUAUCUCAAACGCAAAAGAGAGCUGCAUAUCAGCGUUGCACCAUUGAAACUACAAUUUGAAGAGUGUCUGCAUAUAAAAGAGGAAGGUGAAUUUAUCAAAUCAUUUGCGAAGUUAGUUGACUACAACGAAAUUAUACAUAUCCCAGUUCUCAGUAAAUUUAUUGAAGUAAUGCUGAAGCAUGAUAGCUAUUCAUCUCCUUCUUUGAAAAAUGACUUUCUGUUUAAUGAGUCGUUAAAGCUGCUAAGGACGCAUAUCAAGAUUGUUGAUACACGAAAUUUACGCGCCUCACAACGAGUCAGUAGACUAAUAGACAACCAUUUCUUGAUAAAGGGGUUCAUCACUGGAGUGCUGGAGUCUGAAACUUUGACAUUCAUAACAAAAAUGAAGUUAGUUGAAAAAGUAUUUCGCAUUACUUGUAAAGUGAUGCCUAUAAUAUCAAACUUUAAAGAAUUGAUCAAGUUCACAUCCUAUGAAACUCAACUAGUUGUGAAUAUAUCCUUGCUUUUCCCUUAUGCGAUGUUUAAACUGAAUCAUUUAGAGCAAGGAUUGACACAUUUGAAGAUUAUACUUGCACACAUACAAGGAUUACCCCAUGAUAGAAGUGUCAGUAUUAGUCCUUCUAUAACGCAAGCACUGAUGGAAUGUCUGUCCAAAUUUUGGACUCAUAUGGACAAAAUCGAGCAACGCUCAAGCCAAAAAAUGGCCAUUUAUCAGAUUAAUGCUAUAAAGGUCAUGUUCACAGCGUUGAAGGUAGACCAAAAAUCGGUAAAACCUGAAACCUGGAGGUCCUUGAUUCUUUGUAUGCUAUACAACAGACCACUUGAGGAGGUGAAGACUUUAUUGAAAUGGUUAAUACCUCAGAUCCAAAGAACUGACGUGCAACAUCCAGUUCUUGAAAUACGGAAUUGUAAUCAUCCACUGAGAGUUAUUUUUAACGAGAAAACUAUAUCAGCAUUUAUCAGAAGGGGUUUUAAAGGGUAUGAAGAUCAAGAGUACAAACCUUGGCUCCCCUUUCAGUUUCUGGUUGAAGAUAUCUCCAUCAAAUAUGGAGUACCAAUAAAUAAAGCAAAGGCUAAAAAAGAUGUUAAACUCGGAUUGCAAAAGUUGUUUUCUUUGGAUGAAGGCCAAGUGAACAAUAGAUGGAAAACACUUAGAACUUAUAACUUAGUGGGAUUCGAAGAAAUGCUAACUCAUUAUAACAACGUCUGGGAUAAAAUUGAUACUCUCGCCUAUAAUACGUGA